GAAGCGGUGAGGUCAAAACGAAUGUGAAAACUGAAAGUAACCUCAGCUCAGACAUAAAUACGAAAGGUUGGAGAGGCUGUAAUAAGUAAAUCUAGCUUUCCUCUUCUACGUGUUUCACAGGAUGGAUUUUAUUUCCGCUAGAAUUGCGCGUUAUAGACAGCAAGUUGUACAAUGCACACCUGUUUUUUUGUACAAACACACGUUUACGACCAAGGUUUAUGUCGAAAAUCGCGGUAACAUCAAGAACGUUUGUGAUGAAAUCAUUGAACGUCUGUCUGAAUUGCCGAACAGUAUCAGUGUGAGUAAUGAGGAGGAGUGCGAUGUGAAAGUGGUCUUCUGUCCGAUCGUCUCUCGCGCAGGAACCGACAUCGAAGCGGUUCUGUCCCGCCUCACAGAUGGUAAGAAAACCAUAGUGGUAGUACUUCACCACACCUUCAGCACUGACUACAUUCCACCAAGCAGCAGUCGGUAUGAAAGGAAAGAUUUGAAGAUGGUGGACAUGUUGUUCCAUGAGGACUCGGGACUGCUGAACUGUUCAAAGAAUAAUGAAGCAAUCAGCACGGCAGGAAAUUGGCUAAAGAUAUGCAGCAAAUAUCAGCGUGGUGUAUGUCGCAAGCGUGUCUGGGCUGUGGCUGCAGUUGCUGUAAUUGGAAGUAGGUUUUUGUACAGAAUAUGGACGGGACACUGGCUCUUGCAAUCAGAGAUCCGGUUUAUCAAUUUUGUGAUCAGGAUGAGGACCAAAACAAAUGUGUACAUUUGAAUUAAUUAACAUUUAAUAAUACAGUGAACAAAACAAGGAUUUUUUUUUUAAAUUAUUAUCUCGAAGCAAUAGCUUAUUCCAAGUAUGAAUAUACCAAGUGUGACUAGUUUGUUUGAGUGUUUUCAUAAAGUUGAACAAAAAAAACAACCAUUAUAUUUGUUUGUAUUUGUGCUUGGAGUUUGUGUUUACAGACAGUAUUGACAGGAUAGUUUGGAUACAGGAUAGGAUAGAUACAGCGUUUUUUCCAUACAAUGGAUAAUGCAUAAUACAUGAUAGAUAAUGCAUCUCACGACAAUAAUGGGUUUUCCAAUUUCCUCCUCCCCCACAAAAACAGACCAGUAGAAGGACAGGUUAAGAGUAAUUGCCCCCAAAUUUAAACACUGUAAAAUUGUAUAAAUUUAACAGUCAAAUACUAGAUAGAAAAUUGACCAUGUGAGUUAAUAUUUGACUACCAGUUAGAUUUAGAGUUAGUUACUGUACGUACAAAAAAAAAAAAAAACCUAGGUCAUAUCUGUAGGCAUUAGGGGCUUGCAUGCUCUACUACUUAUACACUUGAUAAUCUGUGGUUCCUGUUUAUCUGCAUAUUGGUGCAUUUCCCUGUACUCCAGAUCUCUGUUAUUUAUGUCCUGUAUUACUGCUUUGCUGAGUAAUAAAUAAUUUGCUAAGUCAUGA